UUUAAUUCUUUAUAAAUAUUAUACCUAAAAAUUAUCUUUGUAGUAUCAACAUUUUAAAUUUGUCUUUUAUGAAAGGAAAAAAGUUUUUUUAAAAUUUAACAUAAAUCAAAGAACAUUAAUGUCGAAGGAAAAAAUAUUUAUUGAGAAAUUUGGCAAUAAGUAUUAUUGUCUUCGACAAAGAAAUAUUGUUCAUUGUCAAUCUAAAACAAAAACGAGUAAAACAAAAAUUAUAAAUCCCAAUCAGUUAGAAGUUGAAGUAAAUGAAAUUUACAAAACUGUGGACAUAUUGGAAAAUAUGGUGUUUUAUAAGUUGUCAAAAAUAAAAAAAUUCAAGCCACCAAGUGACAAAAAAGCAUAUUUUGAACAAAAAUUACACGAAUUUCUAAGAAUUAAUAAAUUAGCUGUACAUAUUUUAGAAGAAAUACAAUAUUCAACUGAUAUGAUAUACGAUUUAAACAUGGUACAAAUCAUAUUUAAUCACAAUCUUGCACAACUUCAAUGCAUUCAGGAUGAACAAAAUAAAAUAAUGGAAAAUAUGAAAAAAGAAAAAUUGGGUUAUACAGAUAGAAUUUUUAAAUUCAUAUUAUGUCCUUGUUGUUUAUAAUUGAUACAAAUAAUAACAACAUACGGAGUAUAAAUAGUAUACAUGCCUGUAACAAAAAUCACUAAAAGUAUACCUAAGUGUAUUAU